UUGAGCGGGCACGUUUAAAUUUUGUCUGCUUGUCUAUUCUCCAAUUGCAACACUAUCUCUAUUGUCUCCUGCCCGUCCCUCCUGCCUCACAACAUGGCGUCGUUUCUGCGUCUCUUCUCAGCAAAGACCGCCCAUCUUCUUUCCUUUCUAUUUAAGAUUCCUUCUUCUUGUCCACCUCACAGUUUCACUGUGUUCAGCAAAAUUUACAAGCUUUCUUUCAACUUUAACGGUUAUCAAAAUAAUGUCAGGACGUGGAAAAGGUGGCAAAGCAAAGACUGGCGGAAAAGCGAAGACUCGCUCAUCGCGUGCCGGACUUCAAUUUCCUGUUGGACGUCUUCAUCGCAUCCUCCGCAAAGGACAUUAUGCUGAACGGAUCGGCGCUGGCGCUCCUGUCUACAUGGCCGCUGUUCUUGAAUACUUGGCUGCCGAGGUUCUCGAAUUAGCAGGCAAUGCUGCGCGUGACAACAAGAAGACCCGAAUCAAUCCACGGCACUUGCAACUUGCCGUGCGAAAUGACGAGGAACUUAACAAGUUGCUCUCUGGCGUGACCAUCGCGCAAGGCGGAGUGCUUCCAAACAUCCAUGCCGUUCUGUUGCCGAAGAAGACUGCAGGCGAGACUGCUUGA